UGCUUUCACACAUAGCAGUGUUUCUAACCACUGUGUCUGGUUUGAAAUCUUCACAAUGCUGGGUUUAAAUCAGGCUAAUGUUAUUUUCUUGGUUCUUACUGUUUCCUCUGUAACUGAUGGGGAUUUUCUUUACAUCAGCAAAACACAAAAUGCAUCUGUUGACAUUGUCUGUGAAUCUGCAAAUAAAAAGGAAAACCUGUUUGCCUUUUCACUAACUCGCAAGUUGCUACAGUCUAGACAGGUGUUGUAUUUAUAUAAAGGAAGAAAAGCAUUUAUUAAUAAUUCUGAGGAUAAGGAUCGCAUCACUGCUCAAGAUAAGAUGGAUAACCACACCGUUCAUCUGAGAAUCUCAAACCUGCAAGGACAAGACACAGAUGUGUACGACUGUGAAUUCCACUAUGGUGGUUCUCCAUUUGAUAUAACCGUUCCUGGCAAGAUGAAGUUUUUUAUCUAUGUUGAAGACUUCUCUCAUGAGCCUUGUUUUGGUUCGAGUUACCUGCUACUCCUAUACGUGAUCUCUGGAGCUGCAUGUCUUUUGGGUGUUAUGGUGGUCACCUUCGCCACCAUUUACUGUUGUAAACGGCCUAAACGUAAACCGCCACAGCCCAUGGUUCCUGUUUAUGAGGAGAUGACUGGGGUGCAGCCUGCCAAAGAAAAAGCCACAAAACUACAAGAAACAAAUAACUUCUUGCUCAGUAAAGAAAACUACUAUGAGAAGCCUAAAUCUAGACAAUUUCUUGAAUGAGCGCUCAUUCAUCUUUACGCUGGAUCCUCAUUUUCAGUUUUAUUAGUUUAUUACCUCUAUAUUAGUCUACACAUGCAUUUUUAUUGCAAAACGGGUAUACGUAACCUAUCGUGUAUACUUACAAAAUAUUUCCCAAUUUGUCUGUAAUUAGGUUGUAUGUCAUUAUUUUGUUGUGUCUUGCAUAACAUUUCUCAAUUAUUGCCUCCAUAAAAUCGCUUUAUUGUUUUCCUUGUAAGUCACUUAAAAUAAAAGCAGAAACGCCUUUCGUAUAAUUUAAAGUUGUUGCUCUGUUUAGACAUAUAUAUAUCAUAUUAAAAAAGCAUGAAGUUUAUCACUCGGGGGUACAGCUUCACUUUAACACAGUGUACAGUAAGAUCUAGCUUCCUGUCUGGUUGCCCACAUGAAUGGUUUUGGUUGUGUGGUCUAAGAUGGUAACAUCCAAUUUGACAGUGGAAACUAAAGAAACACAGAAAGCGAGCUAUUGUAUUUUUUUCCGGUUAUAAAUGCUUUUAAAUGUCUCAAUCAAAUGCCAACAAAUAAAUACUCAUUAUUUACAUUUGUAUAAC